AUGAGCGUCAACGAGGUCAAACUCACGCCCGAGCUGCAGAAGAUCGUUCAGCAGUUUUCGCUAGUCCCAGACCCUAAGCUUCGGUACCAGCAGCUGCUGUUCUUCGCCGCAAAGUUGGGUGCCAUGGAAGAGGUUCACAAGGUGGAGGAGAACAAGGUCAAGGGAUGUCAAUCGACGGUCUACGUUCACGCCACAAAAGAUGAGGAGGGAAAGAUCUGGUAUACAGGAGAUUCAGACUCACAGCUUACUAAGGGCCUUUGCGCUAUGCUCGUGCGGGGGUUGUCGGGCAAUACUGUGCAAGACAUCUUGGAGGUGAGCCCCGAGUUCGUCAAGGAAGCAGGUCUGUCGGUUAGCUUGACCCCGAGCAGGAACAAUGGCUUCUUGAACAUGCUCAACACCAUGAAAGCGCAGGCCAAGGCACUGGCCUGA